UGUCUACAGACAAAAGUGGCCGAAUCAAUUUUGUCUGAAUCUGACAGACAUACAACCAUAUAAGUAAUACCCAAGUUGUUAAGACUUAAAAAGUGACAAAUUGCAGAAAGGUCUUUUCCUCCCUCAGAUAAUGAGAUUAGUCAUCCCCAGACUUUACUACUAAUGGCAUAAAAGAUUCUUUAUUUUCAGAUUUAGAAAGAGAUUGCACUCUUUGACAAAACAUCACCUAUCGUUGAAAGUUACUUGUGUCAAGAAUUUGUCCUAGUGCUUUGGUGGAAAGUGGGGAAGGUUGAUUCUUUCCUCCAUAUAAAUCUUCAUUCCCACAGAACCAAAACACAAAAAAACUUCUUUCCUUUUCUCCUCUACUUGGUCUGCAGCUAAAGAGGUGUGUACUAUCUAACAGCUUGACAUUUCAUACUAUGGAAAUUUUACCAGGAGCAAGAGAGCAUCUUUUAGCGAAUGAAAAUGGGUUUGAAGAGAACCAAGAAAUCAAGAUUCAGGUAAGGGGUCUUACAAAGGUCUCAGAAAAGGGUGUUUCUAUAUUGAACAAUGUGAAUGUUGACAUACCCAAAGGUAUAAUCAUGGGUGUUAUAGGCCCAAGUGGUAGUGGAAAGUCAACCUUCUUAAGAUCACUCAAUCGAUUGUGGGAACCUCCUUCCCACACUGUGUUUUUGGAUGGUCAAGAUAUAUGUGAUCUGGACGUGCUCACUCUUCGCCGUAAGAUUGGCAUGCUGUUUCAGCUUCCUGUUCUCUUUGAAGGCACUGUUGCAGAUAAUGUGCGAUAUGGGCCGCAGUUAAAAGGAAAGAAACUAAUUGACAAUGAGGUACACAAGUUGUUGACUCUAGCUGACCUGGACUCAUCUUUCUUCAACAAGUCUGGUGGGGAACUCUCUGUUGGUCAAGCACAGAGAGUUGCACUUGCUAGGACCUUGGCUAAUGAACCAGAGGUUCUGCUGUUGGAUGAACCAACAAGUGCACUGGAUCCAAUAUCAACACAGAAUAUUGAGGAUGUUCUUGUAAAGCUGAAGAGGGAGCAGAAUAUGACUACUGUGAUGGUUUCACAUAGCAUUAAACAAAUAAAGAGAAUAGCUGACAUAGUAUGCCUGCUUGUCAAUGGGGAGAUUGUAGAAAUUUUAAAGCCUGAUCAACUCUUUGAAUCUAAACAUCCCAUGGCACAAAGAUUUCUUGAACUCAGCAACUAAAAACUUCUCACCGUCCCAACCCUGUCUUUUCUGGAUAUCUUAUGUUUUGUGUUUUUUAUGCUUGGAUGAUGAAAUCCAGCAAACCAUUUCAGAUGUGUAAUAGUAUUUUAUUUAUCAUAAAUAUAUCCUUGGGUAAACAACAAUAA